AUGGGGACUGGCGCCCACAUUUGGGUCCAUGUGAAAGGCGGGCAGAGAGCUUUGAAGAUUUUCACGGAGAAACAAGACGAUGUCAGUGAAGUGCUGAAAAAGGUGCAGAGGGAAGCAAGUCUUGAGCAAGUCCGUGCAGACCUCCUUCAGCUCUACCGGUCUGCAGGUGAGAAGGACAAGGGAGAAGCUGUUUCCCCAGACAUGCUCAUUCAGAAAGUUGAUGGUGGCAAAUCUGCGGCAGAUGCUUUCUAUGUGGAGUACCCUGACGCCUCUGGUGCCCCAUCAACCGAAGGCAUGGAGAUGGUUAAAGCUGGAAACGAUGGAGACAAAUACGGCGAGAAAGCUGGAGACGAUGGAGACAAAUACGGCGAGAAGGCUGGAGACGCUGGAGACAAAUACGGAGAGAAGGCUGGAGACGCUGGAGACAAAUACGGAGAGAAGGCUGGAGACGCUGGAGACAAAUACGGAGAGAAGGCUGGAGACGCUGGAGACAAAUAUACAGGUCUUGGCACAGACGUCCGCGGCCAACUUCCGAAUUUUGCCUGUUCCAGAGGAUUUAGAGACAUCAUUGAGAGAUGGUAG